UACGACAGCCUAUUGCAAUAUGCUGUUUUCAAAACUACAGAUGUGGGACCUUAUGUAGGAAGAAAAAAUAGUGAGGGGACAAUUGUAGCAAUGGUCAACGAUAGAGGCUUGUAUCAAGUUUCUCAGAGCACUUAUUGCACCGAUGAGGAAUUGUCACCCAUAGAAUUGCAUUUGCCCUCGGAAUCUCUGUCAUGUUUUUCACCACAUCAUGUGACCCCAUCGGAAGGACCUAAUACUCUUAAUAGUAGGGAAAAUAACUUCUGUAUGCCAGAAUUGGAGGGAAACGUAGAAGGCAAUAUCGAACAGUUUCUAUUACAACCGGCAAAUAAAAUAAAUAAAAGAAUGCAUUACAAAUGUCGAAUAACGUGCGACCGAAAGGGAAUGAACCAUGGUCUUUAUCCGACUUAUUUCUUACAUCUAGAACGUGAUUACGGGAAAAAGAUAAUUUUACUUGCAGGUUUUCCUACUGACUGGCGAAACAGGAAGAAAAGUACAACGAGAAAUUAUUUAAUUUUGACCGAUUCUACAGAUCUUUCGAGGGGAGAGGAAUGUUACGUUGGUAAACUCCGAUCGAAUCUUCUGGGAACACAGUUCACAAUUCACGACAAUGGAUACUCAUUGAUGAAGAACGAUAAACGCGAUGAAUGUUUCAAUACACGGAAGGUAGCCGCAAUGGUGUACGAUACGAAUGUUGUAGGUUUUAAAGGCUCGCAUAAAAUGAUCGUCAUUACACCAGGACUCGAUCAGAAGUAAGUGGAGAUAUGCCUACGGGUUGAAUCAGAAACCUUACUUGAACGAUGGAAAUUCAAACAGAUGUACAAUCUGAUAGAGUUACAUAACAAGACUCCUGUGUGGAAUGACGACACGCAAUACUACGUGUUACAACUAUUUAUUGCUGGAUUUCAAUUAAUGUUAGUGGACUACAUCGUAAUGCUUUUUGGACGUGUCACGGAAGACGUUUUUACAAUGGAUUUCAGAUUUUCCGUUUGUAUAGUUCAAGCAUUCGCCAUCGCUCCAAUCGCUCUGAGCAGUUUCAAUAUUAAAUUAGCAUACAAAUAACAAUGCGGUCGAACAUCAUCGAUUGAAACGUCAGUUAAAUACAUACUCACCCACGAGUUACUGUAUCAUUUUAAAUUGUUUGCAAUCGACAAUCAGUACAUUAUCAGGUACCAAUCUGAAUAUGGUAUCCGGCGUAUUUAUCCAUUUUAUAAGAUUAAAUGUGAAACGAGAAUCGCUCUAAAUGUGUGUUCACUUUUCAUACUUUGUAAUAAGUCUAUUUCUAUACUAAAUGUGUAUAAUGCGGAAUGAUGACUUGGGUAUUAUUCAUUAAUCGAUAUAGAGGUGUUCAGCUUGCACAGAAAUCUCGAUAGCGUUACACUUAAAAUAUGGCAUUUAUGUUUUGACUAUUUUCAUUAUUUCACGUUAAUUGCCGAUGUAGUAUUACUGCUGUUCACAAAAAUGACGAUGUGAAUUCCUCAACCAAUACAGACAACUAAUGUAUACAUUUGUGUGUUAAACAUUCGAUAUAUAUUUAUGAAUAAGUUAUAUAUACGCAAAGUUAUAUAUACGCGUUUUUAAAUAAUAAGACAUCAGUAUGUACUUUUACGGUAUCUUGACAUCAUAAUCGCUGUUGUUGGAAAACU